GGUGGAGGGUGUGCCCCGGCCCCCUGUGCGCCCUGAUCCACAUGGAGAUACUCGGUGGAUGGGUGCUGUCCAAGAUGCUGGGGCUCGGGGACAAGACAUCCAUCAUAAAAUUUGAAUUUAACCCCAAAGAUGGGAUCGACAACCCUGCCCUGACACUGACUGAGGACACGGAUGCUGAGGCCGUGGGGGAGCCCCGUUUCUACCUGCUGAGCAAGGACAGCAUGGAGACCUUCGGGUUCUGCCUGCACGAGGAGCGGGGCUGCCAGGGACACAUCGUGCGGCAGAUUGAGCUGGGGGGGGUGGCCCAGCGCAGGGGGCUGCAGGACGGGGACAGGCUCCUCCAGGUCAAUGGCCACUUCGUGGACCACAUGGACCACAUGAGGGUGGUGCGGAGGAUCAAGGCCAGCGGGAACCAGGUCCUGCUGGCGGUGCUGGAUGGUGAUUCCUACGAAGCUGCCAAAGCCCUGGGCAGGGACCUGUCCCAGAUGCUGCCCCCUGACAUCCGCCCGCGCCUCUGCCACGUCACCAGGGACAAGAGCGGGUUUGGCUUCACUGUGUCGGGGCCAGAAGGCACCAAGGGCACCUUCCAGCUGUCAGUGAGGCAGGAUGGGCCAGCGGACAGGGCAGGGGUGCCAGCAGGCUCCUGGCUCCUGGAGCUCAACGGGGACAGCGUGAAGAGCUACUCACACACUCAGCUCACCAGAAAGCUUAAGCAGAGCGGCAACAAGGUGACCCUGCUGGUGGCAUCCAGCGCCGUGGAGGAGUUUUACCGCCUGCGGGGCCUGCGGGUCACGGCCGCCCUGGCAGACCCCGCCUGGCUGCCCUUCAAGGCCCGGGAGCUGCACCUGGAGAAGGGCCCGGCUGGCUACGGGUUUCUGCUCAAGGAGGACGACUGCAUCUCGGGGGGCAUAGGCCAGUUCCUGUGGGAGGUGGAUGAGGGGCUGCCAGCCGAGCAGGCAGGGAUGAAGGAAGGGGACCGUGUCCUGGCGGUGAACGGCGAGAGCAUCGAGGGGCUGGACCACGAGCAGACGGUGCUCAGGAUCCGUGCCCACGAGGAGCGGGUGACGCUGCUGGUCAUCGACCCUGCUGGCGACGAGUUCUACCACUCGAUCGGGCUGUCCCCUCUGCAGUUCUUCGAGGACAGUGACCCCGCCUCGGGCUCCUGCACACCCUCUCUCAGUGGCUCCCCUGGCCCCUGUCACGUUGAGGUGGCACCAAAGGGACCUGUCUCCUGGCUGGUGGCUGCUGCCAACAGCAUAGAGCUUGUACAGAGCCCGCGCCGGGAGGAGCAGAAGAGGCUGUGUCAGUCCUUUUAGUGGCCCAGGAGCCUCUGGAAAGGCUUUCCCACACAGCACCUCCACCCAGGCCAUGUCCAGCCCCUCAGACCACAGCAUGGACCUUGCACACACGGCUCCUGUGUCUCGGUGCCCGUGAC